CCCGGUGAUCCGGAGAAGGUGGCUGUGAUGGAUGUACAAGUGGAGCCGCAAUCAGUCCCGUUGGUCGGUGCACGACCGUUGGAUAAGGAAUCUGUUCCGACUUCAACGAAUCAGCCGCUAGUCAUAAUUCCAUUAGAUUGUGAUCCAGAUGAAUCACUCGAUAUGAAUGAAGCGUCAUAUAUGCAAGAUAAUUAUAUCACUCCCAAUCGACCACGCUCUUCCACUGGGACCAGGGUCAAGGAUAGUUCCCAGAGUAGUUUGGCACGGUGUUUCUUGCGCAUAACUGGUAUGACUUGUAGCUCAUGUGUGCACCUCAUUGAGCAGAAUCUCAUGAAAAUGCCAGUAGCAUUGAUUGCAAUGAAGGGUGAGGUUUGCUACGAUCCUCAAUUGGUAAACCCAAAUCAGAUAGCAUAUCGUGUUACAGAACUUGGUUUUGAAGCAGAAAUAAUCGAACAAAACGAUUGCUUGAAAGGUGAAACUCGCGCCAAGUUACUCCUAACGUCUGAAGCAGACUUGGUCGCGGCUGCAUCGCGCAUGCGACUAGACUAUAUUGCAUGUCUUUGGCCUCAACGACCUAGCAAGGUUCUCAAUGAAGCCGAUAAGUCUGAAUUGUUGCUGACUUCCAGCACAGCCCCAACCGAUCUCUUGAGCGAAUCCAUUCGCUCGACCGAUCAGCCUCCAUAUGAAUAUGAUAUCAUGCGUUCGACUUUUACGGAUAUUCCAUUUGAUUGGGCAGAUGUUAGCAAAGGUGGUUCCUUUGUGGUCCAUAUUGGCAGUCGAGAAUGGCUUAACCAAAACCGGAUCGCACUACCUAUGUUGGUUUCACCAAUAUUUUCGGAACACGGCCGCCCAAGUUGUACAUCCACAGACCAGCUACCGACACUCGAAUCCCUGAUCGCAGCGGAUGAAGCGCGGGGGCAAACUGUGGUCUUAGUAGCAGUUGACCAUCAUCUGAUCGGGCUUGUCAGUGUGGAGGAUCCAGUGAAGCCAGAAGCUGCGCUUGCCGUCGCUGCACUACGUCAUCGUGGCAUUCGUGUAGGCUUAUUGACGGGGGACAACUGCCGCACUGCCACGGCUAUUGCACGCCAGGUUGGUAUUCGUGAUGUGUACGCAGAUGUGCUACCUGCUCACAAAGCGGCUGAAGUUAAACGUCUUCAACGGUCUGCUCGACCUAAAAAGCGACGCCAAAUACAGCCCGCCCCAUCUGAUUUUGUACAGCAGCAGUCAUGUAAACAGCAAUUAACAGCGGCAUCAAUGAUUGAAGAUAUCGAUGUAAUUGGCGCUAUCGAUCUUUCCAAAGCAACUGUACGGCGUAUCCGGUGUAACUUUGUAGCCGCCACUUUGUACAAUAUGAUUGGCAUACCUAUUGCCGCUGGUUGCCUGUUGCCCUUAGGCAUUGAACUAGCGCCAUGGAUGGCUUCUGCUGCGAUGGCUGCGUCCUCAGUGUCUGUAAUUUGUCUCUCUUUGCUGUUACGCCGCUGGAAACGGCCGACAGAAGCAUCCCUAGUGUGUCCAGAGUAUGUUCGCCUUCUCACCAAUUCUGGAUUAGAUAGUACAAAAGUAAGUAUAACUGACCAGUAUUGUCCUAUUAAAUAUUAA